GAACACCGCCGAAAAAGCGAUUCAACAGCUCCUCGCUCGAAUCGCCGGCAGUCCGCAGCCCACGGUGCCAGUCGAGCUGACCAACACCUACUACCGGGGGCGCCAGGAGGAUCUGGUCGAGUUCCUUGUCAAGCUGCUCGAGGAAUGCCCCACAUGUGAUGAGGUCUUGUGUGGCACGGAACAACCGACACUGCAGUGUCAGCACUGCACCUACGGUCGCCCACUGCGCGCGGAAAACUUCCAUCACAUGCAACUGCCAAUGAUGUCGUCGGUUCAGGCGGCCUUGGAUGGUUAUCUCGAGCGCAGCACAAUUAUGACCGACUUUAAAGAGUGGUUUUGUCUCUCGUCGGCAUGCCUGACUGCCGGUAUCGCCGAGGACUAUCCGCUGCACAGGUCUCACAUGGCAAAUUGGCCCCGUGUCCUCAUGCUGAGCCUUAAGCGUUGGAGUGGACCAGAUGAAGUCAUCGGCGACCGGAUCUUCUGCAACAGAACGUUGAAGGCAGCCGACCGCGUGUACGACCUCUGUUCCCUUGCGACGCACAUCGGCGAUCGCCCCGAGAGUGGUCACUACAUAGCAUAUCGACGUCAAGGCCCCUGCAUGAUGAAGAUCGACGACCACCAUGUCUCCAGGCUGGCCCCGCGCUACGAGGAUUACAUUGUCAGUCAGCCGUCAGAAAAAAUCUACGUACUCUUCUAUGUCAUGAGAGAGACAGCAGAACAGGAUGCCACCCAGGUCAGGCCCGCCAAGUUUCAGAAGCUCUCGGCCGCGACGAUCAUCGACCUGGAGGACAACAGCGACGACAACAAGCAGACCACGGCAUCAACCAGCGACUCGACCAAGAAAAACGACACCGGCAAAACAAAGCAGACCACGUGUUCACCCGAGACGAAGAAUAUGAAUAUAUUGGACGACAGUGACUCAGACGUCAUACCGGAAGACACUUCCAUGGAGAACGUCCAGGAAACACACCCCGCGGCGCCGGGGAACUCCGCAGAUCCAGAGGACGACCUUGAGGCCUUGCUUGAACGGGAGCUGGAGAUCUUUUAUCGAGAACAGAAUACCCAAGCGGAGCAGGACAACAGCAACGGACAAGCAAAAGACAGUCAGAUGUCACAGGUCUCAAAGACGCGACAACAGGAAGCUCUUCGCCGCUUUUGCGAAGAGGAUCGCCUUAGGGUUGUGCAGCUGAUCAAGAAAUCUUCCACAGUUAAAGAAGCAGUGAAGUUUCUGAAAGACAAAUUUGUGGAGUUCAGUGCCACAAAUGUAUCAGCCAAGCAUUACAUUCAGUACUCGACCCUGCGGCGAUGGAUCGCCGAUCCUGCUCUUCUCGAUAGAGCUGUCCUUCGUGCAUCCAGGACAUCCUCAGGGAAUACCAGAGUCGCGCCCACUUCGAGUGCAAGAUCGAACCUUGCCGAAGAACAUCGAGCGACAAUCGCAGAGAGCCUGCAUGCAGCUACGUCGUGGCAGCAGUUCCUCGAAAUGCUGAAACAAGGUCUGCCCGACUUCAGCGACAGCAAUGCCCAUGCCACGAACUAUAUUCCGCGAACCACUUUGCGGCGAUGGUUUAGCACUUCCGGCAUUACAGAAUGGUUCCCUGCGACACACGAGUCCGACUUCGACAACUUCUUUGCCGUUGCCUUUGCAGUGCCUGCGCAACGUUGUCAGAAUACGGCAACCGACAGCUUCGAAGAUCAGUGGUUGCUCAAGAGCUCCUGGCAAUUCUGUCCCAAUUGCGGGCGUAAACGCGCUCGUACAGACGUGGACCCGACGCAACUGCGAAAGGCGCAUGCCUGCAAGCCGUGUUGCGACACCGAUGCUGUGGAGCUCUUGCACCCUCCUGGCGCAGAUGCCGUUCACAAGAAGAAGGCCAAGUUGUGCUGCUACGUCACCCCACUCGCCGAACACUGGGAAUCACUAGUUUUGGAACUUCAAGCUACAGGACUGCCACUCACGGCGGCAAUGACAAUGAAGGAAUUGUCGGGCCUGGCGGUCCUGGACAUCCAUGUCGAUUACCGAAGUCGGCGAGGCGGACAUGCUGACAUAACCAGCAAACAGAAACGAACCGUCGUCCGAUGCAGAUGGAAGGCAACGCCGCUGCGCAGCAUGCAGCGGUCCUUCGCGGCCAGUCGCAUGUUUGACUGGCUCAUGCGAAAUAACGAGACAUACGCCGCCUGGGUAGAUCGUCAUGCUCGCCUAGUACAAGAACAUGAGCAGGGAGACGCCUGGCGCGAGUUGAGGACUGCCGAACUACUGUUGUCUUCUCCAGGUGUCGAAGUUGCUACGCGGCCGUGGCUGUAUCCUUUGGCAUCCUACGCUGACACGGACCUGCAGCUUCGCCUGAAGAAGCUGGGCUGGCUGGCCGACAACAGCACGCCAUCCAUUCGGGCCGGUUUCAUACGAAAGCUCUUGAGCCGCUGCCUUGACUACUCCCGCGACUUUCCCUUGCAUUGCCUGCUCUAUGACACAUGCCUAGCGAAAUCUAUUACCUCGAUCAUCAACGUGGCCAAUCAGAAGAACAUCGCUCCAGAGCAUGCCGCCCACGAGCAGGAUACCUUCGAAGGCUAUUGGCUGCUGCAGAUACGCAAGCUGGAAGACAUCUGCAGAAGAGAAUACGAAUCCAGCAAAGAGAUGAAUCGGUUUCAAUCGCGUGGCACACUGCAUGUCCACGCCCUUCUCUGGGCCGACUUGCUCCCGGGCUGGGCAGUCGACGACAUUGCUGGCCGAACGGGACAGUCUCGGAGCAACUUCCUGGACUUGCUGGAGAGGUUAUUCAAGUCUCGAGCCGACGUUCAAUGUGGUGACGGCAGCCAUUGCCUUCUCCGCUACGUGGCCGGCUACGUGGCCAAGGCCUCGGACGCUCUUCAGUUCAAUCUCAAGCAACUCGAAGGCGAGUCGACUUGGCGCCAGGCCUACAGACUGCUCACCAAGAAAUCGCCCACAGAGCAAGAGAUCAUUAUGGAGUUUGCGGGUUUGUCGAUGGUUAAGCACAGUUUCAGCGGCCACGACGUCCAUGCCCCAAUCCCUGGCAGUGCUGCCAGAAACUCCUCUCGGCAUGCAUACAACGCGUACCAGUGGUACCUCACGAAGUCCGAAGAUGUGUUUGGAUGCUCCCGCAGCUAUUCCUUUGUGCAAUGGCUCCGAAAAUUCCGCGUCACCGGCAACUCUCUGGAAGACAUGACCCUGCAUCUUCACAACCAGCGCGGACCCAAAGCAAACAAGCCGUGCAGCGUCGCAGUCGCCUUUCCAUUCGAGCUCCUAGACAUCUACGUUGGGGCCUGGGCCGCCACGUGCCUGCCCGGUAUGCUUGAGGAAAGACUUUUGCCGAAAGUGCCGGACGACUUGAAGUUGGACGGCUUCGAGGUCGAGCUCCGCCGACGCCGAUCCUUCGAAUGCCCUGCUCACUGCGAGCACGUGAGGGCCGUCCUGUCCCUCGACGAUUUCCAGUUGCCCGGCGCAGACCCCGACGUCUACUGUCCAGACCUCAGCAAGUUCUUCGAUCUCGUCGUGCCGGAACUCACUUUGCGUGGUCUGAAUACCGAUCGCAUCGCAACGUUCAAGGCAAAGAUCGAGGCGACGAACAUGCUCUUGUUGGCCAUUCACCGCGGCCUCGAAGACGCCAGCAAUUGGUCUUCGCACAGGCUUCCAGCUUUUCCUCGGCCGGUCUGGUCACCCGAGCAACAGCAAGUCCUGAAGUGGGUGAGCGACGGACUCAGGAUCAGCGACGCGGCAGCCAUGGCAACAUCUCCGCGCAUUUUGCAAAUCUCCGGAUCCCCAUGCACCGGAAAAACAGAAGUAGUGAUCGGAGCUGCACGCAUGGCUUUGGACAGUGGCUGCGCCGUUCUCAUCGGCGGCCCCAUCGGUCUCCUAGUGGCGAUGUACAAACUCCGACUGCCGGCAUCAGAGCUCCUGACCAUGGAGACAAUCCACUCAGCUUUCAAGUUGACGCGCGAGGCUGACGAAGCCUACAUCCCUCCCGGCAGGCUUCGCAGAUACGAUGUUAUCAUCCUCGACGAAGUGUCGCAGAUCGAUGCCAGGGCUUGGAGACAGCUGCAAACCGCCUUUCGCGUGGCCCUGUCCUCCAACAAGAUCUACAACACGAG